CGUCGCCGUUCGACUUCCCUGGAAACCGCGGCUCGCGUCCGCCGCGUUCCGUCGCCGGCGCUCCGCUGCUGUUGCUUCAGCCUCGGGCGCUGAGCGCCACGGCCCGGGUGCAGGAUGGAGGCAAAGGCGGCCUCCACGCCGGCUACUGGUGGCGCCGGGUGCUCGGUGACGGCGGAGGAAACCGAAAAGUGGAUGGAGGAAGCGAUGCAAAUGGCCAAAGAAGCCCUAGAAAAUACUGAAGUUCCCGUUGGCUGUCUCAUGGUCUACAACAAUGAAGUUGUGGGGAAGGGACGAAAUGAAGUUAAUCAAACCAAAAACGCUACUCGACAUGCAGAAAUGGUGGCCAUCGAUCAGGCCCUGGACUGGUGCCACCAAAGUGGCAAGAGUCCUUCUGAAGUAUUUGAACACACCGUGCUGUAUGUCACUGUGGAGCCGUGUAUUAUGUGUGCAGCUGCUCUCCGCCUGAUGAAAAUUCCACUGGUGGUAUAUGGCUGUCAGAACGAACGAUUUGGUGGUUGUGGCUCUGUUCUAAAUAUUGCCUCUGCUGAUUUACCAAAUACUGGGAGACCAUUUCAGUGCAUUCCUGGAUAUCGGGCCGAGGAAGCAGUGGAAAUGUUGAAGACCUUCUACAAACAGGAAAAUCCAAAUGCACCAAAAUCAAAAGUUCGGAAAAAGGAAUGUCCGAAACCUUGAACUUGUUCUGAGGGAAGGCUGAUGCCCCUUGACGACAUUCUUGGACUGAAAGUUGUUGACAUCAUUGAAUCAUAUGUUCAUAUGUGCCCUCAACCCGUGGGAAAAUUAUCUCCCAUUAUUUGCUGUGUUCAGGGAACAAAUUGGCACUUUUUAAAAGUCUGACAGUUGUAGACAAUGGUUAGCUUUUCCAUAAGCUUAAAGAACAUUGUAAGAAGGGGAUAAAAAUAAAGAUUGAAAUUUUAGAAAUUA